AUGGCGACCAAGCGGAUCGUCCGGUCCGUCGGUCUGCUUAUGGUGGCCCUGGCCGUCUCGACGGAAGCUGCCAAGUUUCAAUGCCAGGAAGAAGGAUUCGCUGUCGACCCGAACGACUGUGCAGUGUUCUAUCGCUGCGUGCAGGAAGGUGACCAUCUAACGCCAUACAAAUUCCGGUGUGGACCGGGGACCGUGUUUUCGAUGACCGAUAACGUCUGCGUGCAUCCACGCGAUGCGGACCGUGAAGAGUGCCGUGAGAGCGGCAACGAAAUCGAUGGCGGGGGCUACGCACCGGCACCGGAACCGGAACCUGCAGCCGCACCAGAACCGGAACCGGCCAUGCAGCAGAACGAACAGGAUCCGAUGGCUGGCAACGAGGCAGGGUCCAACCAGGGUGAUGGUGAAAACAGUGUCAAUCCGGAAGCACAACCUUCUAGUAGCACGCAACGGCCCUCUUCUGGACCGAGUACUUCUACUACCACAGCAACACCCAGCACAGCCGAAAACACGGACCCGGCGGUUAAUGAGGUACACACCAGUACUACGUCGGCAUCGACCCAAGGUGCAAGCGGUACUACCAGUCGGCCACCGUCCUCUGGUUCGGCACCAGCAUGUACGGAGGACGGAUUUAUGGGCGAUCCGAAUGAUUGUCAGAAAUUCUAUCGCUGUGUCUCUAACGGAAACGGAGAGUUUACCCGAUAUGAGUUCCGCUGUGGUGAUGGUACAGUUUGGGACGAUAACAUUGCUAGCUGCAACCAUGACUGGGCUGUUCAAAAUGAGCGCUGUGGAAAGUCCAGUGGGCAAAGCAUGGUAUCUCAGCCGGAAUCAUCUCCUAAUGAACCAAACGGAACAGGAGAUUCUAGCAGUGGGCAAAACGGUCCAAACGGAACUGGAAACGGUCCUAGUAGUCCCGAGGGAUCUUCUAAUGGACCGUCAGGAUCGUCAGGGAGUCCUAAUGGACCAAACGGUCCUGACAGUGGUCCAAAUGGAAGUAAUGGCCCAGAUGGACCAAAUGGUGGUCCAGAUGGGCCAGGAGGACCCAAUGGACCGGGCGGCCCUAAUGGACCAGCGGGAUCAAAUGAAUCGGGAGGACCCAAUGGACCGAACGGUUCAAGUGGGCCGAACGGGCCUGGCGGAUCAAAUAGUACGGAUGGACCUACUGGAGCACCGGAAUCAACAACAAGCUCUGCGCAGCAAUCCACAUCCACGGUUCCACCUUGUCAGCAAACAACAAGCACUACCCAAAAUCCCGCCGUACCUGCAGGUAGCAAUGGUGUGUGCGAACAGGAAGGAUUUAUGGAACACCCAACAAACUGCAAGAAGUUUUACCGAUGCGUUGACAAUGGCAAUGGAGGGUACGAUCGUUACGAGUUUACCUGUGGUCCAGGCACCGUUUGGGAUAACGAUAUUCUUUCUUGCAACCAUCCUACGUCCGUACAAAACUCAAAAUGUGGCACAAGUGGAGAAUCUUCUUCAUCACCGUAUCCGGGAAGUUCUUCUGGCCCUGGAAACACUUACCUUCCUCCGGCUCAGAAUUCUACGCAAUCCAUGCCGAGCACCACGGAGCAAGCAAUGAGUAGCCCGGAACCGGAUUCCUUAACCACGGGUGCAACAGACGCACCGAGUCAGGAAACUAUGAGCACCAGCGGAAGUACAGUUCCACAACAAGAAACCACCACCUCGGCCACCGAAGCUGGAAAGGAACAAACGACAGCUAAUGCUCAAGAACAGACAACGUCGAACGCUCAAGAACAAACCACUGAAUCGCAAAGCUCUUCAACGACAACCGCCGGAGCUACUCCAUCAGCCACCGAGACUGGAGAGCCAUCAAGUACACCUGAAGGGGCAACCGAAACAUCCACCACGCCGUCAUCGGGAGAAUGUGAAUCGGAAGGAUUCAAGCCACACCCAACUAACUGCAAGAUGUUCUACCGUUGCGUCGAUAAUGGCAAAGGAGGUUACACCAAGUAUGAGUUCACUUGCUCAGAAGGAACCGGUUGGGAUGAUAGCAAACAGGCUUGUAACUACGAGUAUGAGAUACCCAACUGUGGCGCUGAUAGGCCACCAGAGCCCGAACCAGAGCCGAGCGGUACCGAUACAACAACUGGCGCAACGGAGGGCACUACCGGAACACCGACACAACAAACUGGUCAAACUGAAACUACAGCAAGUAGUGCCGCAGUCGAAACUACAACUUCUGCGCAGGAAUCGACUACUUCCCGGCAAGACAUGACAACAGCUCCUGCACAAGAACCCACCACCGCUGCUCCUGACCAACAAACGACCUCUGCUCCAGAAACCAGCACAACCACGACUGCUGCGAGCCAAGAAUCAAGCACAACCUCUCAGGAAAUGACCACUGGGCCGGGGCAAGAAACGACCACUAAUGCCGGAGAAACAACCACAACAUCAUCACAAUCAACUUCCGGCGAGACGGCCUCUGAAAUGACCACGACUCAGGGACAAGAAUCGACCACAGCCGGUAGUGACACAUCCACCCAAACUAUGACGAACCAAGAAACGACGACUAUGAGCUCCAGUUCUGGAGAGUGUACUGAGGAAGGUUUUAUGGGGGAUCCCAAGAAUUGCCGCAUGUUCUACCGAUGCGUAGACAAUGGCAAGGGUGGCUUUACCAAGUACGAUUUUACUUGCGGAGAAGGUACCGCAUGGGAUCAGCAACUGCAAACGUGUAAUCAUGAAAAUGUUGUCGAAAUGUGUGGCGGACAAACAGGUAAUACACAGAACACUUCUAACCAAUCACAAUCAUCUUCCACCACUACCCAAACACCAUCUUCUUCAACCACAACAUCAACCACUAAAACAACAACACGACCCCCCUCAUCAUCUCAAAGCACUUCUAGCACAACCUCUUCCUCCACUACGUCCUCCUCUACCUCCACCACCACCACCACCGCCUCAACAUCAUCAACAACACCUUCCACUACCACUUCCACCGCCACCACCGCCUCAACAUCAUCAACAACACCAUCUACCACUCAAAGCAUGCAAUCCUCAACCGAACCCGCUGAGUCCACCACCGCCAGCAUGGAACCAUCAUCAUCAUCAUCAUCAUCGCCCUCAAAUUCGUCUUCUCCAAAGACAACAGUAAAUUGCACGGAGGCCGGGUUUUUCCCCAAUCCGGAUGACUGCAUGAAGUUUUACCGCUGUGUUGACUGGGACGGGAUGGGGGAAAACUUCUCCGUGUUCCAUUUCGACUGCCCUGAGGGAACCAUUUGGGAUCCUGCUGUAAAUACUUGUAAUCACGAGGACAGUGUACAACCGCCUCGCGAUUGCUCCAAAUCCGCAAUGACCGAGUCCGGCGCUGAAUCAACGACCUCCGUUACAGAAGAACCAGCCGCGAAUACCACCGACCCACCAGCGACAACCGAACCGCAAACGACGGCGGAACCAACGGAAGCCACCACUUCAUCGACUAGCCAGCAGGAGACGACAACUGCAGCGAGUUCCGAGACGACCGCAGCGUCCGAAACUACGGCGGCUGGUAAGGAGGAAACGACGACGCAACAGAUGACGACAGCCGGGGCAGAAGAAACGACCACCGCGGCCUCUGCACAGGAAACAACCACGGCGGCAGGCCAGGAAUCAACCGACCGAUCAACCACAUCGGCGGCUCAAGAAUCUACGACUAUGUCCGCACAGGAGACUACAGCGGCUCAAGCACAGGAGACCACUACGAACCAGGCACAGGAAACUACCACCACGCCUGGACAAGAAUCUACGACAUCCGCUGGCCAACAGGAAACCACUACUGGCGCACAGCAGGAAACCACAACAGCCAGUAGUGCGCAGGAAACGACCACGGCCGGCGAAGAUCGAGAGACCACAACAGGAGGACAAUCGAUGACGACCAUGGCCCAGGAGACCACUUCCUCUGCAGCAGAAAUGACUACUAGUGCCGCCCAAGAAAUGACUACUAGUGCCAAUAUGGAAUCUACCACGGAACCGGCGCAAGAAUGCCCGGCAGGGUGCAGCAGCUCCUGUCCGCCAGCGGAAGAAGAUCAGGGCCGCUUCGUGUGUCCAACCGGGUUCCAGCGUCAUCCGAAAAAUUGCAACCUUUUCUAUCAGUGUACCGAAAAACCGAACAGCUACGACUACAGCAUCGUGGUCUUCAGCUGUCCCAAUGACACCGUCUACCAGGCUGAUCGUACGCAAUGCACAGAACCUACCGAAGCGGACGAGCGUUGCGCCGCGAGCAUGGGGCGAUCGCAACUUCGUACCACUCGUCAACAACCAGUAAUGCAACUUGGUUCGAUGAAACCCUUGUGCCCGACGGAUGGACACUUUGCGAUCGACGAUGAGAAGUGCAGUUCGACGUUCCUCCGCUGCUCCCAGGGCCGGUCUGGGUUGCAACCGAGCAUGUACCGCUGCCCGAAGGGAUACGUCUACUGGCGCGUGAGCCGCCGCUGCGAGCGUGUGGCGAAGAUCCCCGAGUGUAAGUCGGCACCGAUGCAGGAACGCUCCGAGCUGCCGGUAGAAUGGAUCAACAUUGGAAACCGUCGCCGUAGCUUAUUCUAGGACUAGGUAGUAAACUCCAGCGGCCAUAGUAUUUCAGUGAUCCCUAGGAACCUUCUUCUCCCGUAACGGUUAGAUA